AUGUCUUCAACCUUACUGCUCUCCGUCAUCGUCCUCUUAGUGAUUUUUGCGUCGUAUGGAUCGAAUAUUUCUUCGAAUAGCUUGAUGAUCUUGCACCAAGUACCGGAAGGGCAUGUCGGGGUGUACUGGAGAGGAGGUGCGCUUCUUCAGACGAUUACUAGUCCAGGUUUUCAUUGGAAGCUGCCUUUCAUAACCUAUUACGAGCCGGUUCAAGUGACUCUUCAGACUGAUCAGGUCAGGGAUAUUCCAUGUGGGACCAAAGGUGGUGUCAUGAUUAACUUUGAGAAGAUCGAGGUUGUAAAUCGGCUGCAUAAGGACCAUGUGUACGAUACACUGCUGAACUAUGGUGUGAAAUACGACCACACCUGGAUAUAUGACAAGAUUCAUCAUGAAAUCAAUCAGUUCUGUAGUUCGCAUUCUCUUCAACAAGUGUACAUUGAUGUAUUUGAUCAGAUAGAUGAAAAGAUGAAAGAAGCACUACAGGGUGAUUGCACUCGCUAUGCUCCUGGCAUUGAGAUUAUCAGUGUCAGAGUGACGAAACCAACCAUUCCUGAGAGCAUAAGGAGAAACUUUGAACAGAUGGAAGAAGAGCGUACCAAGGUGUUAAUUGCUAUAGAGAAACAGAAAGUAGCUGAGAGAGAGGCAGAGACAAUGAAGAAGAUGGCUAUCAGUGAAGCCGAGAAGAAUGCUAAUGUGAGCAAGAUCCUCAUGCAACAGAAGUUAAUGGAAAUGGACAGUUCUAGGAGGCAGCAGGAGAUUGAAAAUCACAUGUACAUGGCCCAUGAGAAGAGCCUCGCUGAUGCUGCUUUCUAUCGUGUUAUGAAAGAAGCUGAAGCAAACAAGUUGAAGCUUACUCCUGAGUUUCUUGAACUGAAGUUCAUUGAUGCCAUUGCUGUUAACACCAAAAUCUUCUUCGGAGACAAGGUCCCGAACAUGGUUCUCGAUCAGAGACUGCUAGGGAAUUUCCUCCAUAGGAUGUCCAAUGAGGUCAUCAAAGGAGGCAGCUCUGAAGAACACAUUCAGUCUGAGAGCAGCAUAUAA